GGCCCGGCCCGGCUCGGCCCGGCCGCCCGCGCGCGGCUCCUGCAGGCCCCGGGCCCGGCCCGGCGGCGGCGGCGGCGGCUCUAGCUCCAGGCCUCACGCGCCGCAGCCAUGGCCCUGGUGACCCUGCAGCGCUCGCCCACGCCCAGCGCCGCCUCCUCCUCGGCCAGCAACAGCGAGUUGGAGGCUGGCAGCGAUGAAGACCGAAAGUUAAACCUCAGCUUAAGCGAGAGCUUUUUCAUGGUGAAAGGAGCAGCCCUCUUCUUACAACAGGGAAACAGCCCUCAAGGCCAGCGGAGUCUCCAGCAUCCUCACAAGCAUGCAGGUGACCUGCCCCAACAUCUGCAAGUCAUGAUCAACCUCCUGCGCUGUGAAGACAGAAUCAAGCUGGCCGUGCGUCUGGAGAGCGCCUGGACAGACCGCGUGCGCUACAUGGUGGUGGUGUACAGCAGCGGGCGCCAGGACACCGAGGAGAACAUCUUGCUGGGAGUGGACUUCUCCAGUAAGGAGAGUAAGAGCUGCACCAUCGGGAUGGUCCUGCGACUGUGGAGCGACACGAAGAUCCACCUGGACGGAGACGGUGGGUUCAGCGUGAGCACGGCGGGGAGGAUGCACAUAUUUAAGCCUGUGUCCGUCCAGGCCAUGUGGUCUGCCCUGCAGGUGCUUCACAAGGCCUGCGAGGUGGCACGGAGACACAACUACUUCCCGGGGGGCGUGGCGCUCAUCUGGGCCACCUACUACGAGAGCUGCAUCAGCUCCGAGCAGAGCUGCAUCAACGAGUGGAACGCCAUGCAGGACCUGGAGUCCACGCGGCCCGACUCCCCCGCCCUGUUCGUCGACAAGCCAACCGAAGGGGAAAGGACCGAGCGUCUCAUCAAAGCCAAGCUGCGAAGCAUCAUGAUGAGCCAGGACCUGGAAAACGUGACCUCCAAAGAAAUCCGUAAUGAAUUAGAGAAACAGAUGAACUGCAACUUGAAGGAGUUCAAGGAGUUCAUAGACAACGAGAUGCUGCUUAUCUUGGGACAGAUGGACAAGCCCUCCCUUAUCUUCGAUCAUCUGUAUCUCGGCUCUGAAUGGAAUGCGUCCAACCUGGAGGAACUGCAGGGCUCAGGGGUUGACUACAUUUUAAAUGUCACUAGAGAAAUAGACAAUUUUUUCCCUGGCUUGUUUGCAUAUCAUAACAUCCGAGUGUACGACGAGGAGACCACAGACCUGCUCGCCCACUGGAACGAAGCGUACCAUUUUAUAAACAAGGCAAAGCGGAACCACUCCAAGUGCCUGGUCCAUUGCAAGAUGGGUGUCAGUCGGUCCGCGUCCACCGUCAUAGCCUAUGCGAUGAAGGAGUUCGGCUGGCCCCUGGAAAAAGCGUACAACUAUGUGAAGCAGAAGCGAAGCAUCACGAGACCCAACGCGGGCUUUAUGAGGCAGCUGUCCGAGUACGAAGGCAUCUUGGACGCAAGCAAACAGCGGCACAACAAGCUGUGGCGCCAGCAGACAGAGAGCAGCCUCCAGCCGCCUGCCGAUGACCCUCCAGAGCCCAGCGAUCCCUUGACGGACACCCUGGAUGGCACUCCAGACACGCUGCCCUGCUUGGACAAUGCUGCCCAGCCCGGGCUCCAAGGAAGCCUGGCUCCCGGGGGGCCCACUCUCCCCUGCUGCUUCCGGAGACUCUCAGACCCCCUCCUGCCUUCCCCUCUCGAUGACCCCGGCAGCUUGGUGCACCUGGAAGACCUUGAGAGGGACGCUGCGUUGGAGGAAGCAGCUCCGCCAGCCGAGGCCCACAAGCUGGCCAGACACCCCCAGGACGGCGCUGGCCUCUGCGAGAAGGAGGUGAAGAAGAAGCUAGAGUUCGGGAGCCCCAGGGCCCGCAGCGGCUCCUCGCCACAGGUGGAGGAGAUGGAAAGGGAGGAGGGCCCGGCCCCAGGGCGGCGGGGGCGGCACCCGGCCCAGCCCGAGAGAAGCCUGCUGGAGCGGGAGAACCUAAAUAACAACAACAGCAAGCGGAGCUGUCCCGAGGACCUCGAGCAGGACGCCAUGUUCAGGAUCCCGAACAAAGUGAAGCCAUCCUAUAAAUCCUGUGCCGACUGCAUGUACCCUGCAGCCGGUGGGGCUCCUGAGGCCUUCAGGGAGCGGUGUGAGGACCCCGGUGCUCCCGCCAUCUGCACCCAGCCAGCCCUCCUGCCCCACCUCACCUCCUCCCCGGCAGCCCACGUGUCCAGCAGGUCCCGAGCCCUGGAGAAGCCGGCCUCGGGCCUGGCCGACCCCACCUUCCUGCCACCAGCAGCAAGGAGACCCGAUGCCAGUGGCCCUGGAGCUGCAGCUGCUCCAGAGCUGCCAUCUAGCAUUUCAGAACCUUCUAGAGAGACCUCAAGAGUCCUGCCAAUCCUCCUGUUGAAGAAUUCUCACUGUGACAAGAACCCUCCCGGCAUGGUGGUGAAGGAAGAACUGUCACCCAAGAAAGAGCCAAAGCCUGCUAAGGACCGGAGGCUUCUGUUCAGCAAUGAAUCCGAGAAACCCACAACCAACAGCUACUUGAUGCAGCACCAGGAAUCCAUCAUCCAGCUGCAGAAGGCCGGCCUGGUCCGCAAGCACACCAAAGAGCUGGAGAGGCUGAAGAGCCUGCCCGCGGACUCGGCCGCGGCUGGCAGGGACAGCGCCCCCAGCCGGCUGGAGGCCAGCAUCCCUGAGGAGAGCCCGCAGCCCACUGCCCUGCAGGCCCCGGGCCCCCGCUCUGCCCGGCCAAGGGCAGCUGAGGAGAAGCCGGACGCUGCCCCCCAGCCAGCGGAAGCCUCGCUGAGGAGCCCCGCUGCUCUCCUCUGCCGCCUGGAUCACACCAGUAACUUCUCCAGAGAUUUCCUGAAGACCAUCUGCUACACCCCCACCUCCUCGUCCAUGAGCUCCAACAUGACCCGCAGCUCCAGCAGCGACAGCAUCCACAGCGUCCGCGGGAAGCCAGGGCUGGUGAAGCAGCGGACACAGGAGAUCGAGACUCGGCUGCGCCUGGCGGGCCUCACCGUCUCGUCCCCCCUGAAGCCACCUCUUGCCAAGCUCGGAAGCCUCAACUUCUCCACAGAGGACCUGUCCAGUGAGGCGGCGCCCACCGUCGCUGACUCCCAGGAUGCCAAGUGGGGCGAAUCCUUGCUCGCUCGAACCCAGGCCGCCCCCAGGAACCCAGCCUCCAGGCCAUCAGGGAAAUACGCCCCAGGAAACUUGAAAAGCCCCUCAUGGAUGAGCAAAAGCUGACCCGCGUGUGCCCCGCGGGAGCGACGUCACACGACCCCUCCCUCGGUGGAGGGGCCACCAUGGGUUUUGAUCCGCCCCUUACGUCUUGAUUCGUUUAAAGAACCGAAGUCAUCCGGCUUCUCCCGCUCUUGCCAUUGGGAGGAGGAGGAGGAACAGGCCGCACAGGAAGGAAGGGAGGUGCUGGCGCGUGGCCUGGGGGUGGGGAAGCCAUCAGCCAGCAGGCAGAACUCUGUCCCCAAAGCGCGGCUCGAGAAGAGUCCGGUUUCAAGACGAGCACGUUCAGGUGUGCACACACGUCCAGAAUGUUCUGUUUGCAACGUGCAAAGGGGGAGCCGCGGUGACCACUGUAGCCAGGCCCCGCGCUCGUCCCUGCCUCGGAGACUCUGGGACGGCAGCCUCAGUCCUACCUCUGUUCUCGCUGUGCUUCUUGUUUUUAAAAUACGAUGAUGCCCAGGGCUCGUUCCAGGGAAUACUGCUGUGAGAAGGGUUUCCAAGGAGAUCUGCUGUUCCUUUGGUUGGG